AUGCGCGUGCUAGUAGCAACGCUAGCCGCGCUGGUGGCGCGCGCGGUUGCCAGCCCGCAUGAGCAUCGUGCCCGGCACCAUGCGCCUGACCACCCUUUACAUUUUCCUGUACCAGCCCCGGAUCAACCAUACCGAGGACAUGGCGAAGCCGUUCGAUAUAAUCCUGAGCUAGAUACUAUACUUCCUCGUCUCGAUGAACAUGAAACGUCAUCGAAACGGGCCAAAUUCGAAGAUGCAGAAUCAUCUUCCAAACGAGCAAGGUUUGACGAGAGGUUCUAUUCUAACCAUGAACGAGCUGAAGAGUAUAUGGCUGAUGAACCUCAACUUGGCCCCGAAGAUGAUGAUCCCCUGAUUGUCCGGACUAGAAAAGGGAAAGUAAGGGGAUUAACACUUACCGCAGCCACAGGAAAACAAGUCGAUGCGUGGUUUGGCAUACCUUAUGCUCAAAAACCUUUAGGAGAUCUAAGAUUCCGACAUCCAAGACCCGUAGAAAGCUGGGGUGAUGAAAUACUAAACACAACGACACUGCCACAUUCAUGCGUCCAAAUAGUAGAUACAGUGUUUGGUGAUUUUCCAGGAGCGAUGAUGUGGAAUCCCAAUACUGAUAUGCAGGAAGACUGUCUCUAUAUAAAUAUAGUAGUACCAAAACCUCGUCCGAAAAACGCCGCGGUAAUGCUUUGGGUAUUUGGUGGAGGAUUUUAUUCUGGAACUGCUACUUUAGAUGUUUAUGAUCCUAAAAUUCUUGUCUCCGAAGAAAAGAUAAUUUACGUCUCAAUGCAAUACAGAGUAGCAUCAUUAGGCUUCUUGUUUUUUGAUACGCCAGAUGUUCCAGGAAACGCUGGUCUAUUUGAUCAAAUUAUGGCUUUACAGUGGGUCAAAGAUAAUAUUGCAUAUUUUGGUGGUAAUCCUCAUAACAUAACUUUGUUCGGUGAAUCAGCUGGAGCAGUAUCAGUUUCGCUACAUUUGUUAUCUCCUCUAUCAAGAAAUUUGUUUUCGCAAGCUAUAAUGCAGUCGGGAGCAGCAACAGCUCCUUGGGCUAUUAUAUCUCGAGAAGAAAGCGUACUUCGCGGUAUAAGAUUAGCUGAAGCUGUUCAUUGCCCAAAUUCUAGGACAGACAUGGGCCCGAUGGUUGAAUGUUUAAGAAAGAAAAGCGCUGAUGAACUUGUUAAUAAUGAGUGGGGAACGUUAGGAAUUUGUGAAUUUCCUUUUGUUCCAAUAAUAGAUGGUGCAUUUUUAGAUGAGAUGCCUAUCAGGUCAUUAAUUCACCAAAAUUUUAAAAAGACAAAUAUUUUAAUGGGAUCAAACACCGAAGAAGGUUAUUACUUCAUACUUUAUUAUCUUACUGAGUUGUUCCCUAAGGAAGAGAACGUAGGAAUUACGAGGGAACAAUAUUUGCAAGCUGUUAGAGAAUUAAACCCUUAUGUAAAUGAAGUUGCAAGGCAAGCCAUAGUAUAUGAAUAUACGGAUUGGUUGAACCCCGACGAUCCAGUGAAAAAUCGGAAUGCUUUGGAUAAAAUGGUGGGUGAUUAUCAUUUUACUUGUGGUGUUAAUGAGUUCGCUCAUCGGUAUGCCGAAACUGGUAAUAACGUCUACACUUAUUACUACAAACAUCGCAGCAAAAAUAAUCCGUGGCCUUCGUGGACUGGAGUGAUGCACGCGGACGAGAUCAACUAUGUGUUUGGAGAGCCAUUGAACCCCGGAAAAAAUUACUCGCCUGAAGAAGUUGAGUUCAGCAAGCGCUUAAUGAGAUAUUGGGCCAAUUUUGCGAGAACAGGAAAUCCAUCGAUAAACCCUAAUGGCGAAAUGACAAAAGUACACUGGCCGCUGCACACAGCAGCCGGUCGGGAAUAUCUGUCACUCGCAGUGAACUCUAGCGCCGUCGGGCACGGUCUUCGUGUAAAGCAGUGCGCGUUUUGGCAAAAAUACUUACCUCAACUCAUGGCUGCCACUAGUAAGCCGGAAACUCCUCAGAAUUGUACCAAUACUGCGAUUAUCACACAACUGUCUUACGCUGUGUAUAGUUUUAGUUUUAUUUCUUUUGUUAGAACACAACUAACGUUUUUCAAAUACACCUAA